AUGGAAGGAACACGUCAUUCUAGUUUGAUGUUUGGUCACAUGCAGAAGGGAAUAUUACAUGAAUUCACUGGUCCUAAGAGGUUUAUUGAUUUGGGGAUUCUAAAAGAGGCCAUGGUGGCUUCGGUUUUGAAUACUCAUCGUGUUCGAAAUCAUAGGAGAGAGGUGCUGAAUGAGAUCGAGGAGGAUAUUAAAAACUCAGUGGGUUGGAUUUGUCCGGGAGAGGAUAAAAUCUUAUUAUAG